AUGAGCAACUGGGAUUCUGAAGGACUUAAGGAAGAUUUUGGUAAUCUUCGUGUCAAUUCAAAUAAACCCAAAAACGCCGACAAUGAAUGGAGCAAGCCUGUUCAGUCAUCUAAUGAGCCAAAAUGGAGCUCAACUGUGGAAAAAGCCGGAGGUUGGGGAGAUCGUAAUUUAACAGCUAACCAUUUCGAAAGUCGUAACGACUCUACUCAACAACAGCAUAUUAAUAACAAUAGAGGUGGUUAUGAGCACGCUGGUCGCGGGCAUGGUCAGCAAAGAGGCAGGGGUGGUUAUCAACAACAGAGAGGUGGUUAUCAACAGCAAAGAGGAGGGUUUCAAGCAAGAGGAGGAUAUCAACAAAGAGAUGGUAACCAACAAAGAUAUAGUGACGGACAAAGUGCUGGAUAUAACCAUCAAAGGUCGAAUAAGAACGACUGGAAUACGGCUUCUGCUCCCGUCGUUUCAUCUACUACUAGCGGCUGGGAUUCAAAACAAACGGAAGCUGCUACUCAAUCCGACAACUGGAAUGCAACAUCUACUGCCGCUACUCCUGCUACUUCUAACAACUGGGGGACACCUGCCCCUUCCAAUAAGUGGAGCAACCCCGUGCAAGCUAGCACUACGUCGACUCCUGCUACAUCUACACCCAACGAUUGGAACUCAACGCCAGCAGCUACCCCUCCUGCUAACCAAUGGGGCACACCUUUGUCAACUAAACCAGCAACAGCAGCUAAUCAAUGGAGUACACCUGUAUCCAACAAAGUUCCAGAAGCUGCACCUACAAACUCCUGGAAUAGUAAACCAGCAACAGUAGUACAACCUCCUAAGCAAACAGUUGCUGCAGAAAGCGAUGGUUGGAGCACACCAGCUAAGUCCACAUCUGGGGGAUCGUGGGGUGCUAUGACCAUGGAUAGUUUAGGAUGGUCGGAUACUGGAAAAAAGACCAAAGAUGUCAAGGAAGAUGGCAAAGGUAUCUGGAAGAAUGGUGUACAUGAACUCGGAGCAGAAAAUGAGGAAAUGAAAUUGAAGCUUUUUGGUACAGCAACCGACUCUGAAAAUGCACACUCUGGUAUCAACUUUUCCAAGUACGAAAACAUUCCUGUUGAAACGAAAGGAGAGAAUAUUCCCGAAGGAAUCAAUCAAUUUACUCAUCCUCCUUUGGAUAAACAUCUUUUGACAAAUAUUUUAUUGGCUCGAUAUACUGUGCCCACACCUGUCCAGAAGCAUUCCAUCCCUAUUGUUCUAAACAACCGUGAUCUGAUGGCCUGUGCCCAAACAGGCUCUGGUAAAACUGCGGGAUUUUUAUUCCCAAUUUUAUCGGCCAUGUUUGCUCGAGGUCCUUUGGAAGACCCCAAGGAGCCAAACGUGAAACAAGGUUAUCAAAGUUAUAAGAAAGCCUACCCUCAAGCACUUAUUUUGGCGCCUACAAGAGAAUUGGCUUCUCAGAUCUACAACGAAGCUAAAAAGUUUUGUUAUCGUUCUUACGUGCGCCCUUGUGUCGCCUAUGGUGGUGCUGAUAUUCAACAGCAGCUCCGAUUAAUUGACCGUGGAUGUCAUUUAUUAGUUGCUACACCAGGCCGCCUUGUAGAUAUCUUGGAGCGACGCCGUAUCUCUUUCCAAAAUAUCCAAUACUUGGUUUUAGAUGAAGCCGAUCGUAUGUUGGACAUGGGGUUUGAACCUCAAGUGCGUAACAUUAUUGACGGUUGUGACAUGCCUCCCUCCAGCAAGCGUCAAACGUUGAUGUUUUCUGCUACAUUCCCUGAUAAAAUUCAAUCUUUAGCUAGUGAUUUCCUCAAGGAUUAUAUCUUUUUGUCAGUUGGACGUGUAGGAGCAACAUCUGAAAACAUUACUCAAAAAUUUGAGUUAUUACGUGACGAUGAAAAACGACACAAACUCUUGGAGAUUCUCACUGAACACAAGGCCGACCGAGGCUUGACUCUCAUCUUUACAGAGACCAAACGUAUGGCCGACACGGUUUGCGAUUUUUUAAACGACAAUCAAUUCCCUUCGACAGCUAUUCACGGAGAUCGUGUGCAAAGUGAACGCGAAACGGCGCUUGAAUUAUUCAAAUCAGGUAGAACACCUAUUAUGGUUGCUACAGCAGUUGCAGCAAGAGGAUUGGAUAUCCCAAAUGUCACUCACGUCAUUUCAUUUGAUUUGCCUAGCGAUAUUGAUGAUUAUGUACAUCGUAUUGGCCGUACCGGUCGUGUAGGUAACACAGGUUUAGCUACUGCUUUCUUCACGAAAGGCAAUCGAUUCCUUUCUGGUCCUAUGGUCAAACUUUUACAAGGAGCUAAGCAAGAGGUUCCUGCCUGGAUGGAAGAUAUGAGCAAUGAUGCUGCUAACGCUCCCUCAAACGCCACUCCUACUUACACUAGAAGACCAAAGCGUCAGACUGAUGAAGCAGGCCCACGAAUCGGUGCUUUUAAGAGUUGGUAA